AGACACAAUCCAUAGGCCAUAGCUAUCAAUUGCGUCUUUCUCGUCCUUAUAAAAUUAACAAAAACAGUUAUCAGAGUUUUAUCUAAGAAAAAUACUAUAAACAAAACACCAAAUUUCACAAUCCAUUUUCAAUGGAACUCGUUUCCCUCCACCGCCUAUUCCAUUUAUAGCUUCGAAUUCCUUCCAUUUUCUUCUCAUUAAACAUAUAAUAAUAAUAAUGGAAAAUAGGUGCCGGAUGAGGUUUUUUUUGGAGUUCGUUUAUUGUUGUGCAACACCGCGGUCAAUUCCGGAUGAGGAUCAGGAAAGGCGGCUAGUUCCGGCACCAUCUACUUCUACAGCUUCCACAUCCGUUUCUUCUAGCUAUCGAUAUCCUAAGAAUCAGAGAAAGGGUGCGCUGGAUUGGAGACCUUCGUUAGGAUCGAUUUCGGAGGAUAUUGACGUGCCGGUGAAAAGUGCAGUGGUGUCGAGGGAGGUGAAGAAGAAGAAGCCUGUCACUCGCGGUGGUCCUACCAAAGUUUAUCACCGGAGUUACAGCGAUGAUUAUUACAGGUCAUCCUCUACUCCAAUGAUUAUGCCAGCAUUCUCUCCAACGCCAUUCAUGUUUUGAUUUUGAAUUUUUAAAUGUGAUGUAUUUUGUGUUGUGUAAAUAUAUGCUACUAGGCAAAAAUCUUCUUGUUGAGGCAGUAAGUCACCACCUUGUAAUUAAAUUAAAGUAAUCCUCUGUCACUUUUUUCUAAUAAAUCAACAAAUCAAUGCAUAGCUAGUUCGAA